AUGAGGUACACCGGCGCCAUGAGGCCCAUCCACAUGGAGUUCACCAACGUCCUGCAGAGGAAGCGGCUGCAGACGCUUCAGUCGGUGGACAACAGCAUGGAGCAGCUGUACGAGAUGUUGGUGGACACCGGGGAACUGGACAACACUUACAUCAUCUACACCUCGGACCACGGAUACCACAUCGGACAGUUUGGACUCGUCAAAGGUAAAUCAAUGCCGUACGAGUUCGAUAUCAGAGUUCCGUUUUUCGUCAGGGGUCCAGACAUACAACAGGGACACAGUGUUUCGGAGAUGGUCCUGAACAUAGACCUGGCUCCCACCAUCCUGGACAUAGCGGGACUCGACCCUCCGUCAGACAUGGAUGGCAGUUCGGUGCUGGGGCUGCUGGACCUGGGCUCUCCAGGAAACCGGUUCCAGUUGAACAAGAAGGCUGUGAACUGGAGAGACUCGUUCCUGGUGGAGAGAGGAGGACCUGACAGAGGACCUGACAGAGGACCUGACAGAGGACCUGACAGAGGACCUGACAGAGGACCUGACAGAGGACCUGACAGAGGACCUGACCGAGAACCUGACCGAGAACCUGACCGAGGACCUGACAGAGAACCUGACCGAGGACCUGACAGAGAGGACCUGACAGAGGACCUGACAGAGAACCUGACAGAGGACCUGACAGAGGACCUGACAGAGGACCUGACAGAGAACCUGACAGAGGACCUGACAGAGGACCUGACAGAGGACCUGACAGAGAACCUGACAGAGGACCUGACAGAGGACCUGACAGAGGACCUGACAGAGGACCUGACAGAGGACCUGACAGAGGACCUGACAGAGGACCUGACAGAGGACCUGACAGAGGACCUGACAGAGAGGACCUGA